AUGCUAAACGAUGACUGGGUCGCGGCGGCUAUGACGGACGAAACCGUCGUCGUCGAAGUUCUCCUGCGCCUCAAGCAAACCGUUUCGCCCAAAUCUCAUGACCCCCUUCCUCUCUCCUGGGGGGUCAGACAGCCGCGCUCAAGAUCAAGGCUAACCGCCGCCGUCUCUCGCUGCGACGCCGCCGUUUCAACCAGAUGCAGUCCCACCACGCCACUCUCUUGGAGCAGCGCCGCCUCGCCAUCCGCCACCGCAGACGGUUACGAAGACUCCACCCGCCAACAUCAUGCCGCCAGAUCCAAGGCUACCGCCACAAGUGGAUACACUGGCAAUUCUGCUUCUACCAAGAGGUGCAGAAGAAAAAAGACCUUUGCUGAACUGAAGGAAGAGGAAAGCUCCCUGCUAAAGGAAAGGAUAUAUUUGAGAAAGGAAAUAGCAACUAUAAAUGCAAAUUUUGAGGCACAAAGAGCAAAAAAUGAGAGUUUGAAGAGGAUGAAGCUUGGCGUCGGAUCAAAAUCUCAGAAGAAUCCAAGUUCAACGUCUGUUGAACCACAGUGUAUGGUUGCUGGUCAACCCCAUCAGAGAAUAGUAUCUCCGGAGGCCCUCGUACGUCCCACUCAAGAUGAUACUCGUUUGCAAACAUCAGAAUCUAGGCCAAACGGGAUAGAAUCAACCGGGGAAAGGUUUUUCUUGAUACCAGAUCUAAAUAUGAUGCCAUCCGAUGAUGUUUCUUGCACUGACGCUCUAUGUUGA